GACACGGUACUUGAGGAUGCCACACAUUUUGUAAAUUAAGUGGGACUGUUACCUGUGUCUACCUGAGACUGAUGCUCAGGGUCACCAGAGUAAGGGAGGCUUGGCUUACUAAGAGGAACCUGCUGGAGUGGAACCUGGCGUAUAAGGUGUCCUAAGAUGGGGACCAGGCUUCGGCUAAGUGCUAUUCCCGGGAGGGCUGUUGUGUGGGCCCAGCUCCACAGGCUGCCUGCCCCCAGCUGGUGACCUAGGGCCCUGACAGCCCUUCCCUCCCUCCUCAUAGGGCCCCCUGCUGACAACCACACGGGGCUCCAGAGGCCAUGGCCUGCCUCCACGAGACCCGUACCCCGUCUCCCUCCUUUGGGGGCUUUGUGUCAACCCUCAGCGAGGCAUCUCUGCGCAAGCUCGACCCAGACACUUCUGACUGCACCCCCGAGAAGGACCUGACGCCAACCCAGUGUGUACUCCGAGAUGUCGUGCCUCUUGGCGUGCAGGGCGGGGGUGGGCCCAGCCCCUCCCCAGGUGGAGAGCCGCCCCCUGAGCCAUUUGCCAAUAGUGUCCUGCAGCUCCACGAGCAGGAAGCAGGAGGCCCUGGGGGGGCAGCGGGGUCCCCUGAGCGCCGUGCGUCCCGAGUGCGCGCCGAUGAGGUGCGGCUGCAGUGUCAGAGCGGCAGUGGUUUCCUGGAAGGCCUCUUUGGCUGCCUGCGCCCGGUCUGGACCAUGAUUGGCAAAGCGUACUCCACUGAGCACAAGCAGCAGCAGGAAGACCUCUGGGAGGUCCCCUUUGAGGAAAUCCUGGACCUGCAGUGGGUGGGCUCAGGGGCCCAGGGUGCUGUCUUCCUGGGGCGAUUCCACGGGGAAGAGGUGGCUGUGAAGAAGGUGCGGGACCUCAAGGAGACCGACAUCAAGCACCUGCGAAAGCUGAAGCACCCCAACAUCAUCACUUUCAAGGGUGUGUGCACCCAGGCCCCCUGCUACUGCAUCCUCAUGGAGUUCUGUGCCCAGGGCCAGCUGUAUGAGGUCCUGCGAGCUGGCCGCCCUGUCACCCCCUCCCUGCUGGUUGACUGGUCCAUGGGCAUUGCUGGUGGCAUGAAUUACCUGCAUCUGCACAAGAUCAUCCACAGAGACCUCAAGUCCCCCAACAUGCUGAUCACGUAUGACGAUGUGGUGAAGAUCUCAGAUUUUGGCACUUCCAAGGAGCUGAGUGACAAGAGCACCAAGAUGUCCUUUGCAGGGACAGUAGCAUGGAUGGCCCCUGAGGUGAUCCGCAAUGAGCCCGUGUCUGAGAAGGUGGAUAUCUGGUCCUUUGGUGUUGUGCUGUGGGAACUGCUGACCGGUGAGAUCCCUUACAAAGAUGUGGAUUCCUCGGCCAUCAUCUGGGGCGUGGGAAGCAACAGUCUCCAUCUGCCUGUGCCCUCUAGCUGUCCAGAUGGCUUCAAAAUCCUCCUUCGCCAAUGCUGGAACAGCAAACCUCGCAAUCGGCCAUCAUUCAGACAGAUCCUGCUGCACCUGGACAUCGCCUCAGCUGAUGUGCUCUCCACGCCCCAGGAGACUUACUUUAAGUCCCAGGCUGAGUGGCGGGAAGAGGUAAAGUUGCAUUUUGAAAAGAUUAAGUCAGAAGGGACCUGUCUACACCGCCUGGAAGAGGAGCUGGUGAUGCGGAGGAGGGAGGAGCUCAGACACGCCUUGGAUAUCAGGGAGCACUAUGAGCGGAAGCUGGAGAGGGCCAACAAUCUCUACAUGGAACUCAAUGCCCUGAUGCUGCAGCUGGAGCUCAAGGAACGGGAACUGCUCAGGCGGGAGCAGGCUUUAGAGCGAAGGUGCCCAGGCCUGCUGAAGCCACAUCCCUCGCGAGGCCUCCUGCACGGGAACACGGUGGAGAAGCUCAUCAAGAAGAGGAAUGUACCACAGAAGCUGUCACCCCAUAGCAAAAGGCCAGAUAUCCUCAAGACAGAAUCCUUACUACCUAAAUUAGAUGCAGCCCUGAGCGGGGUGGGACUUCCUGGCUGCCCUAAAGGCCCCCCCUCACCAGGACGGAGUCGGCGUGGCAAGACUCGUCACCGCAAGGCCAGCGCCAAAGGCAGCUGUGGAGAUCUGCUUGGGCUUCGUGCAGCUGUGCCAGCCCCUGAACCUGGACCAGGAAGCCCAGGAGGGGGCCCUUCAGGCUGGGAGGCCUGCCCCCCUGCCCUCCGUGGGCUCCAUCAUGACCUUCUGCUACGCAAAAUGUCAUCAUCUUCUCCUGACCUGCUGUCAGCAGCACUGGGCACCAGGGGCCGGAGGGCCUCAGGGGAAGCUGGAGAACCUGGCUCACCCCCUGCGGCCCGGGGUGACACCCCGCCAAGUGAGGGCUCAGCCCCUGGCUCCACUAGCCCAGAUUCACCUGGAGGGGCCAAAGGGGAACCACCUCCGCCAGGACCUGGUGAAGGGGUGGGGCUACUGGGAACUGCAAGGGAAGGGCCAGCAGGUCGGGGCAGCCGGGCUGGGGCCCAGCACUUGACCCCUGCCGCACUGCUGUACCGGGCUGCCGUCACCCGAAGUCAGAAACGAGGCCUCUCUUCAGAGGAGGAGGAGGGGGAGGUGGACAGUGAAGUAGAGCUGCCCUCAAGCCAGAGGUGGCCUCAGGGCCUGAACAUGCGGCAGUCACUAUCUACCUUCAGCUCUGAGAACCCGUCAGAUGGGGAAGAAGGCACAGCAAGCGAGCCUUCCCCCAGCGGCACACCGGAAGUUGGCAGCACCAACACUGAUGAGCGACCAGAUGAAAGGUCUGAUGACAUGUGCUCCCAGGGCUCAGAGAUCCCACUGGACCCCCCUGCUUCUGGGGUGGCCCCUGGCCCAGAACCUAGCUCCUUGCCCGCCCCACAGCAGGAUCCUCUCAGAAGAGAGCAGGGCCCUCCCAAUUCCGAAGAUUCAGACGGUGACAGCACUGAACUGGACAACUGCAACAGUGGCGAUGCCUUGCGGCCCCCUGCCUCCCUCCCUCCAUGAAAGCCACACUUAUUCCUUGUACAUAGAGAAAUAUUUAUAUAAAUAAUAUAUAUAUGCGCCACAUAAUCAACAAAGAUGGGGCUACCCAGCCAUAAGUCAAGCUCAAGGGAGAUAUCCCCCACCCAAUCAUUCAACAGAAGCUCUAGGGCUGGCAGCAGCAGUGGAAAUGAUUAAGUAUCACCCUAGAGCUGUGGGGACGGGGAAGCUGGCCCUCCGCGCUUCACCCCAUUCCUUAUGUUCAACAAAAGUGGGCAGGCACUAGACAAGCCAGGAGUGUGCCUCAGGCACGAUCUCUGUACCUUGACCUGAUCCUGGGGUGCAGGAGAGGGAACCACUUAGAUGGCACUUUUUUUGUUUUCCGUUUACUGUUUACACAUUUUGCACUGGGGAGGAGGGAGGUGAAGGCUGGCUCCUCCCGUCUGAGACUUCUCAGGUGGCAAUGUAACUCAUUUCUUUGUCCUUCCAUUUCUCUGCCCAAACCCUGGCUAAAAGCCUGGGAGGGGCCAGGUGACUGAUAGCAUGUGAUGGCUCAGGCUGAAGGAGUGGGGUACUGUGGAAACCCAAUUUUAUCCCUGGGCCAGAUUAGGUGGGGACUGUCUCUUGUAACCCCUGUGAAAAACCUUGAAAUAUAACCACUCCAUGCAGGCCCAGCUGUUGAGGGUUUUCUUGGUGACAGAAUGGGGUGGCAGGCAUGGGAAGCAGUAGGGGCCUUGGGUUCCUUACCUUUUGAAGAUGCUGGACACUUCCUUUUUUCUCACUAAAUCUUAGGUUCUCAAACUUAAUUUGCCUUAGGGGAGGGGGGGGGCAAUUAUCAUUCAGCAACCCCUUUUGAAGUCACCCUGGAUCAUUUCAGUGCACCGCCCACAACGGGGGCCAGUACUGCCCACUUUACAAAUCACUACACUAGCUCAUGCUCCAGCUGUCUACAUCUAUUUGCAGAAAUGGCAGGAAACACAUCUAAAUUACUUUGGUGGACGCCUUAAGAGGCGAUUCAAUCAGACCUAAGGCCCAACUCCUAGUGGCUCUAUGGGACUUGAGCCGGUCCAUCUUUCCAAAAGCAGUAGGCCUCAACUUUCUCCCAGGGAGCGAGCAAUUGGUGGUGAUGUUAUAGAAAGAGGACUGUAACCCAGCAGAUAGCAGAAAGAAACAAAAAUGGCAAGAAAGUUUUACAGUUUAAAAAUGUACAGGGGGUUGCACCACGAACUCUAGUCAGAUGGGGUGUCUGGCUGCCCCAUGCAUCCUGUUCCAAUCAGGUCCUAGGAAAGGCAACCUUACCCCACCAUAUGGAAGAGUCCAGGGACCAAAUGUACAUACAAUGUGCCAUUUAAGGAUAAUUAGGACUAAAUGCUACCAAAAAAAGAUAGUGAGAAAACAUCUGAACUGGAAUAAAAGCUUCUAUUUAAAACCCAA